UUACCCUCCCUCAUCUGUGCUCUGUCUGUAAUCUCUUUAAGAAUUCUCAGUCCCGGGGUAAAUCAGAUUAGAUUUAGGGCUGCUUUCUAUAACACUCCAACACCUUCCACUAACAGCUCUGCAGCAAUACUGAAUAAUGAAUCUGUACAAUUAACAUGCACUGCCUGCAAAAUGCAAAUCAUCUACAGGGUGUACAGUAUGUGACAUAGAGUGUGUUUCCUGAAAGACAAUGUUUGUGGUUGUUGCCUGCUUGAAAGCGUUUGUGUAGAGGAGGAGUCAGCAUGUGCCUGGUAGCUCCUUCCUCUGACCUUGGCUACUGAGAGAUGGAGAGAGAAAGAGGACAGUGUGUGUGUCUGUGAAGCGGUGGAGCUAAUUCUUGCACUGCAGCUGUGUAUAUGAUACCAGAGUUAAUGUGGCACCAACAGCUUUAGAUCCACUUGGGAACUUGCCAGAGAAAAACAGAGUGAGAGAAGAGGAAGGAAAGCAUGUCUGCAGCAUGUGCACAGCGCAGAGAAGCAGCACGAUGUCCUGUGUCUGGUAUCUUCUGGAGGUGAGCUGACUCCUGUGCGGGUCAUCAGGGUCAUUUGAGGAGCAGAUAUGUGGGACGGACAGUCUAAAACGUGUCAUGUGCACGCCCUAUUCGAUGCCUUUGUUCAAGCCGCCACAUGCAGGGAGACCCUCAGGGCCUUCCAGGAGCUGUGUGAAGAGCUGAAGCUGCAUCCUGGUGGUCAGCCGCAGUUCUACCACACCCUGAGGAGCAGACUGCACUACUGGAAGGCCAAAGCACUAUGGGCCAAACUGGAUAAAAGAGCCAGCCAGAGAGAAUACAUGAGAGGGCAUGCUUGCACCAGCACCACGUGUCUGAUCAUAGGUGCAGGUCCGUGUGGAUUGCGGACAGCUAUAGAGCUGCGAUUUCUGGGCGCCAGGGUGGUUCUGGUGGAAAAGCGAGAUAUUUUCUCACGGAACAAUGUUCUUCACCUUUGGCCUUUCACCAUCCAGGACCUCCGUGGUUUGGGGGCCAAAAAGUUCUACGGGAAGUUUUGUGCUGGAGCCAUAGACCAUAUCAGUAUUCGUCAGUUGCAGCUGAUACUUUUGAAGGUGGCCUUGUUACUGGGCGUUGAGAUUCAUGUGAAUGUGGAGUUCAAACAUCUAGUGGAGCCUCCAGAGGACCAAGAGAAAUGUGUUGGCUGGCGAGCAGAAGUCCACCCCAACUCUCAUCCAGUCAGUCAGCUGGAGUUUGAUGUGGUUAUUGGGGCAGAUGGUAGAAGAAACACCUUACCAGGGUUUCGCAGGAAGGAGUUUCGGGGGAAACUGGCCAUUGCCAUCACGGCCAAUUUCAUCAAUCGCAACACCACUGCCGAGGCUAAAGUGGAGGAGAUCAGCGGUGUUGCCUUCAUCUUCAACCAGAGGUUUUUCCAGGACCUCCGGCAGGCUACCGGAAUUGAUCUGGAGAAUAUAGUAUAUUACAAAGACGACACUCACUACUUUGUAAUGACUGCCAAAAAGCAAAGUCUUCUGGAGAAAGGAGUCAUUCUGCGCGAUUAUGCUGACACUGAGAUGCUGCUGUCCAGGAAUAAUGUGGACCAGAAUGCACUGCUCUCAUACGCCCGUGAAGCGGCUGAUUUCUCCACCAAUCAUCAGCUCCCUAUGCUGGACUUUGCCAUCAACCACUAUGGGCAGGCAGAUGUGGCCAUGUUUGACUUUACCUGCAUGUAUGCCUCUGAGAAUGCGGCGAUGGUGCGUCAGCGCAGGGGACACCCUCUGCUGGUCGCUCUGGUGGGGGAUAGUUUACUAGAGCCGUUCUGGCCAAUGGGAACAGGAAUUGCUCGGGGCUUCCUGGCAGCCAUGGACACAGCCUGGAUGGUUCGCAGCUGGGGUCAGGGCAACACCCCUUCACAGGUUCUGGCUGAGAGAGAGAGUGUGUAUCGGUUGCUUCCUCAGACAACACCAGAAAACGUCAGUAAAAACCACAGCCAGUACAGCAUGGAUCCUGCUAGCCGCUAUCCCAACAUCAAUAUGCAACUUGUCGGUGCUGCUCAGGUGUGUCAUCUCAUAGACACAGGUGAGGGUCCAGUUUUGAGCCUUGAUGCAGUCAGCUCUCCACACCCAAGACUUACACGCCAAGGUAUGUGUGACGUCAUAUAUACCGUCUCCCACAUAUACAUUCAUACAAAUAACAUGCUGACUGUGUGUGUAGAGUCAGUUGCUCGUUACAGUAAGCUGCUGAGCUGGUGUCAGGAGCAAACACUCGGUUACAUGAACGUGUGUGUGACGGACUUCACAACUUCCUGGAGGAGCGGCCUGGCCCUGUGCGCUCUCAUUCACCGAUUCAGACCUGACCUCAUUGAUUUUGCGUCUCUGGAGGAGAGUGAGGCGGAGCUCAAUGGUCAGCUGGGUUUGGACAUGGCGGAGCAGGAAUUUGGUAUUUGUCCUAUAAUGACCGGCAAGGAGAUGAGCACACUGGAAGAGAGUGACUCUCUUAGCAUGGUCAUGUACCUCAGUCAACUUUAUGAGCUCCUCAAAGACACAGCGCCAGCUGGCGGAAACCUGAGCUCAGAAGAGAAAGCUGUUCUGUUCUCUAGCACCAGUUCACCCAUCUCACUGCUCAGCAAACUGGGACAGAGUCUGUCCCGCAAACGCAAUCCCAAGGAUAAGAAAGAGAAGGAAGCAGAUAGUGUUGGGAAGAGGAGGAGAACAAGUCAGACUGACCAGUCAGAGGAGGAGGAUGUUCCUCAUGAUACCAAAGAAAAUAAGACUUCAGAAUUAACUCCUGGUUCAGAACCAAAGGUCGCUGAGGGUCACAGCAAGGUUCGGUCCAUGGCAACGCAACUGCUGGCUAAAUUUGAGGAGAACUCACUGUCAGCCUCAGCCACUGCAACACGCCGACAGAGCUACAUUCAGAUGUAUACGGGUGGAGUGAGCUCAUUGGCUCAGCAGAUAGCCAAUCAGAUUCAGAGUCAGCAGGAUCAAGCUCCCAUGCUCCUUCACAGGAGGGAGUUGGGUUGUCGAAAGGAGUUUCCUGUGAAUAUGGGCGGCAGCGAUGUGUGUUAUUUCUGUGGCCGUCGCGUUUAUGUCAUGGAAAGGCUGAGCGCGGAGGGAAAGUUCUUCCACAGGAGCUGCUUCCAGUGUGACCACUGCAGCACCACGUUACGUCUGUCCAACUACGCUUACGACCAGCUACAUGGAAAGUUUUACUGUAAGCAUCACUUCAGCUUCAGAAUGGCUCAGAGAAAGAGACUGGCCCCACCUGUGGUCCCUCGACCUACUCAGGCUCCCCCUGCUCCGUCCUCGGCUUCCACGUCGUUGUCCUCUCUAGGGUCAGUGUGCACAGCCACCCCACCAGACAGCUGGUCCUCCAUCGCCCCCUCAGACAUGGUAUCCAGCCUGGCCAAGAGACUGUGUGGUACCCCAGAACGCAUUGAGCUGGAGAACUACAAACCCUGUCCAAAGCAACAGGACAGCCCACUGCAGGAGGUCCCAGAGGAGACGCUUGCACAGCACAACCUCAGCGCUAGCGUGCAGGAGAAGAACACAGAGGAGCAGUCCAGCUCUGAGUCAGACUUAGAGGAGGAGGAGCUUGCCUGGAAGAAGGAGGAGGGGCCAAACAUCAGGACCAAUGGAGAGAGAGAGUUAGACCUGGGGAAGGAACUAAAGGAGGAAGAGGGAGGAGAGAACCAGGAAAAUCAAGAGGAGGAGGAGGAAGAAGAAGAACAAGACGAAGGAGAUUCUAGUGAUGAGGGUGAGUACUGCCCUUGGCAGAGGGAACGACUCUCAGGGGUGUGGCUUGAGGAAGAAGAGGCGGGGUUUGUUAAAGCAGAGUCGUUUGAAGGAUACAGUGAUGACACGGAUAUAGACACCAGCUCAGACGGAGAGUCCAAACCAUGUGACCAACAGCAACAAGAAGAGUCCCCAACCUCUUUGAAACCACCAGAAUCAGGCCCCACUCCCACACCUGAGCUAUCGACGAACCCCGAGAACCCACCUGUCAAGAGUUUAGAGGUCGUAGAGGAGUUCUGGCUGAAGAGUGCAGAGAUCAGGAAGAGUUUAGGCCUGACUCCGCUGCCUAGAGAAUGUGACCCCAAACAUACGGCAGCCCAAACAUCUAACAUUAAAGAAAACUUUUACACCUCAGUCACUUACAUACCGUCCUGCAAUACCAAUUCUGCCUACCAAAUGCCAAGAAACUGCGACUCCAGCACACAAACUCAAUCUCAAAGUACAUCCCCGCCUGAACCAUCUCACACUACGGACGGCGAUGCAGCCGUCGCUUUAGAAGAGACGAGAGGCCGCUGUUCUGUAAUCCACCGACUAAGCAUCACUGUAGAAGGUUGUGUGAUGGGGGACAAGCAGGAUUUGGACCUAAAUUCCACCUCAUUUGGAAAUGAAAGCGUUUUAAAUCCAGACACAGGUCUUCCGACUCCUCCCUACAGCCCAUCUCACUCCCCUCGUGCCCUUCACCAUUCUGAACCGAUACUGGGCCGAGAGGUCAUGGUCUUCUCAUCGACCUGCGCUAUUCCUGUUCCACAGCGGGACGGUUUUAAUCCCGACCUCGAUCAAGCGAGUCUUCCUCCGGAUGAAAUUGAGAUCCUAUGUGGAGAUGAGGCGGAAGAAGCUUCCAGACUGCCGGAAAGAUCCUGUGUCUCUGAAACCGAGGACACGGCUGGCCAGAUGGACAACCGUAGGUUGGAGCACAGGAGGACACUUCCAGACCGGAUGGUCGCCCCUCUGCUGGCAGGGGGACCGGAGGUCAGGCUUCGUAAGUCAGAGAUGAAGCUGUGGGGGGCAGACACGCGUGUGGAGGAGAAAGAGAAAAAGUACAACUCGUUGUUUUCCCCCUGUAAAAACAGCAAGAGUGUGAACGCAGGGGCUGAGACUCAGCGGGAGCCAGGAAAGCACAAAUCGCUCUGGAAGACCGUUUUUUCGGUGCAUAAGAAAGACAAAAAGAGGAAGGAGGCUGUGAUGGUGGCGGAAACUCAGCCUGCCGCAACUAACACAGAGAGCAAGCGGAAAGUGUCGGGAAUCAACAGAACCUCAGACUUGUGUUUCCGAAAAAAUCCAAGUUUCUCUGAAGAUACAGACUUGUCCUGCCAUGCUCUUCUAGAAAGAUGUCCUCUUAGAGCUCAGAGAGCAGAAACGGAGGAAGAACUCAACGCCAAGCUGACACGCCGAGUGCAGAGAGCAGUGCGCAGACAGGCCAAGCAGGAGGAGCUGCGGAGGCUGCACAGGGCACAGAUAAUCCAGCGUCAGUUGGAGCAGGUGGAGGUCAAGCAGAGGCAGCUGGAGGAGAAGGGUGUAGCUGUGGAGAAAGCACUAAGAGGCGAAGCAGACUUCUGGGGAGACUCUAGUACAUCUAAUCUUUUGGACAUACAUCUGGGUGUCGAGCCCUUUCUAGGUUCCCCUCGUAGAAGGCCUGUCUAUCUCUGUCCUUGCUCUUCCUCGGAAGCCAAAGCUAAAGGGACAGAACACGAUCAUUCAGUUUAUGUCUGUACAGUCUUUUUUCUUUAUGUAGUGCAAGAACCUCCACUUCAUCAGCUAAGAAUGGGAAAGAAAGAUGAUCCUAGCUUAAUGCAUCAGUGGUUUAAACUGGUGCAGGAGAAGAAUGCUCUCGUGCGCUAUGAAUCUGAGCUCAUGAUAUUUGCACGUGAACUGGAGCUGGAGGACAGGCAGAGCCGACUGCAGCAAGAGCUGAGAGAGCGCAUGGCGGUGGACGACCAUCUGAAGGGGGAGGAUGAGCUGGUGGAGGAGAGGCGUAUAUUGAGUGAGAUGCUGGAUGUGGUGGAGCAGAGGGAUGCGCUGGUGGUCUUGCUGGAGGAGCAGCGAGUGAGGGAAAAAGAGGAGGACAGUGACCUGGAGGCCGUCAUGCUUUCUAAGGGCUUCAGUCUGCACUGGGACUGACUCGCACAUGCACGAAUCUCUACCAUUAAACUACAUGGGUGUCUGAAUAAUGAAUCCCGGGACACAGCAAGAGAUUGACCCAGAGGCAAUAAUUCCUUUGAGGUGCAAAAUACAGGCCCUGAAUAGGACAAAUGGCAAUGUCUUGCUGCCAAAUACUACUAUUCUAGACUGCUACGGUACUAUGCAAAGGAACCUCUUUUUGUUUGCUCUCUUUGUUGAUAAAGUUAAGGUACAUCUGUAGUUUUACCCAGAUCCACCAUGUUUUGACUUAACGGAAAUUAAUAUGGAAUGGCAUAUAUAACCACAUUGUCAAUAUACAGUACAGAUUGAUGCAUGUAAAAUUAUACAAAAUAAGACCUGUGUUUAUUAAUGAAUUUUAAGAUGUUUUUCUUUCUUUUUUUGGACAACCUGUAUAAGCUAACCUCACACAGUUCAUUUAUUGGAUGAAAUGUGCUUUUUUUAAUUAUCGUAAUUUUCUCUGCAUAAUCUACUCGCACAGAAUUUAUUUGAAAUUGCGGUUAUGUAUAAUUCUGUAAAACUUCCUUGCAUUAAACAACCAUUCUUUUAAGAAAAAUG